CACAGCAGCGUUUGCUUGCCGAUUAGGCACUAUCAACAUGGCAGCUUUCUGAGUUUUGGAGGAGGGUACCUGGUGUAAAUAAACACAAAUUUCACGUUUUACAGAUAACGACAGCGUUCGCGUGUUUGCGUUUAGGAGUGGUCGGACCGUAGAGGGAAAAUGUCGACUGACGGGAAUAAAAAACAGUUCUGGAAAAGAAACGCAGCGAAGGUUCCUGGCAACAUUCAGCAUGUGUAUGGCGCACAACAUCCUCCUUUCGACCCGCUCCUUCAUGCAAACCUGAUUAAAGCAGGCAACAAGCCGCCCCCGGCCACGCCAGGCAAGCCCAAGAAGGCUACCACCUUCCAGGAGUUUGAGAGCAUCACAAGCGAUGCCUGGGAUGUUGGGGAUGAUGACGACGAGUUGCUGGCCAUGGCUGCACAGAACCUUAAUAUCGAGGUGGUCAUGGAGACGGCCAAUAAGGUGAUUGAGAAUCACAGCAAGCAGCAGGAGAGACAGAGGCAGGAUGAGACAACAGAGCUGGAACAGAGAGAAGAGGACACGCAGGAGGAGGUGGCAGAGGACGAGGAGGAUGAGGAGGAAGAUGAGGAGGACAGGCUGGGGGAAGGAGAGGUGACCGGCCCAGAGGUGUCGUUUGCCUCCCAGAGCAGCCCUUACACUGAUGGCCGCCUAGUGAAGUCCCACAGCGAAGCUCCAAUUGGGUCACCUAAAGACGCAGCAGGUGAGCACGCAGCCCUCCACAGACAACGGUCUCUGCCCCACAGGCCGCCCGUCAUCCCGCUUGUGGCUCGCAUGGCUGACCAGAACACAUCUGGCACCCCGGCCAUGACCGAGAGAGAAGCAUCCCGUCUGGAUAAGUUCAAACAGUUACUGACUGGGCCCAACACAGAUCUUGUUUGCUCACUCUGUCUGCCAGCUGUGCUGCGCUUUUAUCGAUGCCGCGAGUGGGGAAAGUCAUCCAGCCAUCUGGACAUGCAGAUUACAAGGGGAAAAAAUACCAGCAACAACAAAAUAAGGAUCAAGAUGAAGAUUAACAGCAAAAUACCGUAUGUUGGACAGAAUGAUGGUUACCUACCAGCUAAUGCGGAAAGAAGAGACAGUGUGCUACAGAGGAAGAGACAAGAAUAUUUUGGCUUCAUCCAGCAAUACUAUGACUCCCGCAAUGACGAACACCAUCAGGACACUUACAGACAGAUCCACAUAGACAUUCCUAGGAUGAGUCCUGAGUCUUUGGUGCUGCAACCAAAGGUGACAGAGAUUCACAUUGACAUACCGAGAACUAAUCCUCUUAUUCCUCUCUUUCAACAAGCUUCUGUACAAGAGAUUUUUGAGCGGAUCCUGUUUAUCUGGGCCAUCCGCCAUCCAGCCAGCGGUUACGUGCAAGGCAUCAAUGACCUGGUCACGCCGUUCUUUGUCGUCUACGUCUUUGAGUACAUUGAGGAGGAAGUGGAAAACUUUGACGUGUCCAGUCUCCAGGAAGAGGCUCUGAGGAACAUUGAGGCUGACAGCUUCUGGUGCAUGAGCAAACUGCUGGACGGCAUCCAGGACAACUAUACAUUUGCCCAGCCAGGCAUCCAGAGGAAAGUCAAGGCCCUGGAGGAGCUGGUCAGCAGGAUUGAUGAGUCUGUGCACCGCCACAUGCAGCAGUACGAGGUGGAGUACCUGCAGUUUGCCUUCCGCUGGAUGAACAACCUCCUAAUGAGGGAGCUGCCACUACGCUGCACGAUCAGACUGUGGGACACCUACCAGGCUGAACCAGAGGGCUUCUCCCAUUUCCACCUCUACGUGUGCGCAGCCUUCCUGGUGAGGUGGAGGAAAGAAAUUCUGGAGGAGAGGGAUUUUCAGGGUCUGAUGAUCCUCCUGCAGAACCUUCCCACAAUGCACUGGGGCAACGAGGAAGUGAGCGUACUGCUGGCCGAAGCCUACAGGUUGAAGUUUGCCUUCGCUGACGCGCCCAACCACUACAAGAGAUGAUAAGCGUGGCUCUCUACAGCUGCUCCCCUUCUCCUCCUAUUUCUCCUUUCCUGUCCUGCAGUCAUCUACUGAACUCAGAGGCCUCUAUUCCUACAUGGAAGGACCUUCCCUUUUCUUAACCUCCUCUUCCCAUAUCGCCCAAUGGGCCUUUCAUUGACUAUGAGAUUUAAACCAACCAAUGGCUGAGGACGUGCGGUGUAGCAUUCUAACAUGUUGAUGUGGAACCUUUUUUUAAAAAUGAUUUUUCUCCGA